AUGUCAAUUCCACUCAAUCAGAUAGCGGAAGUGACAGAAACAGAUUCAGGAAGGGAUGAGCAAGAAAAGCUUAGCGAGUCUCUUUCACUAGAUCAGCUUCUAGAGGAGCUUGCCCUGGAGACAAAACCUAAGGAGAAAAAUGCGGAUGAAUUCUCCCAAAUACAAACAGAACUUGAAAAAUUACCCCAGAUAGAGAGUAAUCUAGAAAAGCAGUUUGAGGAGAAUUCAAAGAAGCAGCUCCUUCCAGACAAGGCUAUCAAAAUUAAUGACCCCAUUACUCACCGCACCAAGAAAGCAAAGGAGGAGAAGGAUGCAGACGCUGGGAAAGAAUGGUUUAACAUGAAGAAAAAGGAAAUGACACCCGAAAUAAAGCGUGACAUGCUAAUAAUAAAGAACAGGGCAGUGCUUGAUAGGAAAAGACAUUACAAAAAGGACAAAUGGGAGAUACCCAAGUACUUUCAGACAGGAACAAUCAUCGAAGGUAACACAGAAUAUUACUCAGCAAGAUUGGCGAGGAGGAAUAGAGGUAAGCUGUUGGCAGAAGAAAUUUUGCACGAUGAUGAAGGUAGUAAAUACUUCAAGCGCAAGUACCACGAGAUACAAACUCAAAGAACUAGUGGAGGCAAGAAGCACUACAGAAAGGUCAAGCAAAAAAGGCAAGGCUACUAG